AUGGGCCCCUGUACCGCCUCCUCAUGCUGCUGCCAGGCCCGUAAUCUGCCAUGGGCCCCCGUACCGACUCCUCAUGCUGCUGCCAGGCCCGUAAUCUGUCAUGGGCCCCUGUACCGCCUCCUCAUGCUGCUGCCAGGUCCAGAUGUGUGUCAUGGGUCCCUGUACGGCCUCCCAUUGCUGCUGCCAGGCCCGUAAUCUGCCAUGGGCCCCCGUACCGACUCCUCAUGCUGCUGCCAGGCCCGUAAUCUGUCAUGGGCCCCUGUACCGCCUCCUCAUGCUGCUGCCAGGUCCAGAGUGUGUCAUGGGUCCCUGUACGGCCUCCCAUUGCUGCUGCCAGGCCCGUAAUCUGCCAUGGGCCCCCGUACCGACUCCUCAUGCUGCUGCC